CUAAAAUGGGUGACAGGAGGCUGAAUUGGGAAGCUGCCCAGCGCCAAGCUUCCGCCAGUUCAGCUUAUGCACGAGCUAUGAGGGGACUAGCCAGUAUGCAAUGCUAGGACUGGUAAUCAGGAUCAUUUAGCACUACGGAGUAGCUCUGGAAUAAUAUUCCCCCCUUUAAAGACAGUGCAUUCAUAUUCUGGACAUUGUUGAUGGCGUGUAUUAGUCCCAAAUUGCGUUGAGCACGCAAUCGGGGGCGCCCCACUUGCCGGGAGAUUUUACAUUUUUCUGCUACAGCUUCGAUUUCCAGUCUUUCCAGUCUUUCUUUUUCUCUUCCCAAGCUUGAUCCCACGUGGAAGGAAUUCGCCAUGGCCUCGACUGACGCACCCCCGGCCUAUUCGCAGGUUGCCCCAACGCGGCGCCUGGUGUCGGUCUUCCGGUCCAUUCCCUUCCAGAUCGCCAUCGCCAGUGGCGUCUCCUUCACGGCUCCGGGCAUGUGGGAUGCCCUGAACAACCUGGGAGCCGGAGGUGCUGCAGAGCCGUAUGCUGUCUCGGCAGCAAAUGCCCUGCUGUACGGCCUGUUUGCCGUCGUGUGUGUGGCCGCUGGAGCCAUCAACAACCGUAUCGGCCUUCGCUAUGGGCUGGCCCUUGGCGCAAUAGGCUAUCCCAUCUACGGCGCUGGUCUUUACACCAACAACUACUCGCCGACGACUUGGUUCAUGCUGUUCGGUAGUGCCCUGUGCGGUAUCUCUGCCGGUUUCUUCUGGGCUGCCGAGGCGGCCAUCAUCAUCGGGUACCCCAGCCCCAAGGACCGCGCCUUUUACCUCGCCAUCUGGCAGACUGCAAAGGCUGCUGGGCCUAUCGUCGGCGGUGCCAUCAACCUCGGUCUCAAUGCGCAGACUUCAGGGCAGGGAUCUGUCAGCGCAAGCACAUACAUCGUCUUCAUCGUCAUCAUGUGCCUUGGUCUCCCAAUUGGGCUGUGCCUGAGUCCAGCUCACAAGGUGCAGCGCAAGGAUAAGACGCUGGUUAUCGUGAAUACCGAGUCUUCAUGGUGGGCUGAAUUCAAGGCCGUCUUUAAGCUGCUUGCCACCCGCCGCAUUGUCCUGCUUCUGCCAUCGUUCUUUAUCAGCUACUUCUACAACGGCUUCCAGAGCACCUGGUUGACCACCUACUUCACCGUGCGAGCCCGCGCAUUCUCGUCCUUCUUCACCAACUUCGCUGGUAUCAUCUCGUCAUUUUUAAUCGCCACCCUGCUCGAUAACCAGAAAGUGCACAUCAAGACCCGAGCACGCAUUGCCUUCGCUGCAAUCGUCAUCGUCCUUACCGGUACCUGGAUCUGGGCCAGCAUCCUCCAGGACCAGUUCUACAGCAGCGCCGAGUCCCCCGUCUUUGACUGGUUCAAGGGCGGUUUCGGCAAGUCUUACGCAUUGGUCUUCUUCUGGACCUUUGGCGGCCAGGCAUUCCAGCAAUUCCUCUACUGGCUUGUGGGCCAGUACACCACCGAUCUGUCCUCUCUUUCCCACCAUUGCGGCAUCCUCCGAGGGUUCGAGGCCCUCGGACAGACCGUUGCUUGGGCAAUGCAAUCAGAAGGCAAUGCCAACCACUUUGUCAGCAUUGGUAUCAACUUUGGCAUCACCCUCCUCAGUGUUAUUCCGACAUGGAUUGUUAUUUCCGAGUUAGAGCACAGUCACGAAAUCCAAGUGACCGCAGAGGAUACGACGGACUCAAAGGCUGUCGGAGAAACAAAUGCUGCAGUUUAGCGAUUCAGCGUUUUAUUAUAGAUCACUAUUGUAUAUAUAGAGCGACUUUGCAUUAGACUAAGCCAUUGCAUUUAAUUACAUAACUG